AUGGCUGUAUAUGCUUAUGAAGAUAUCAAUACAAUUCUUGGUAGCAAGUUUCCAAAAUUCAUUUUAACUACAAUACAUGUCAAAGAUGUUUGGAAAGUUUAUGCAGGCAAUCACUUACACACACUUACUUGGAAUAAAUCUCUUGAACAACCUCUAAUAACAAAUGGAUGGACAGGACUUCGUGAUCACUUUCACUGGGAGUCUCAGUUCCAUAAGAUUGAUUUGGUCUAUUAUGGUGAAAACAUGUUUCAUCUGCUGCUUAAUUUGACACAACCAUGUUCAACUAAUGAAUUUCCUUCUUUUCACUCCCUUUCUACUAAACCCCCUGAACCACUGACAUUUGAUUUUGUUGUAUCAAAUGACUCAAAUGGAUCAAGAGAACCAUUGGUAUUCACCAAGUGGUUGGGUGACUAUAUCACAUCUUUUCAUUCUUAUUUGGUGCUGGAAGGACCAGUUGUUGAACCUCAUUUAGCAGAAAUUAUUCAAACCCAAGGUUCAAAUGGAGUAAAGGAAAUAGAGUAUCAAGCAUGGCACAAGUUCUGCUCUGAAAAUUUCUUAUCAUCUGGAGAUAAACUCAAGUUUACUUUCUUUGAUAUUGCAAGGAGUAAUAGAGUCGAUGUUGAUGUUGAUAGAGCUGCAAAUUAAUCCAACAAGAACCUUAUGCUAUCUGUUGUAAC